AUGUCGUCGCCGUUCCAUUUCCUGGGGGUCGCUGCAUCGUCUGCGCGUUUGUAUCUCCCUGGGACCUGGGAAGGAGUCUCCAGCAUUUCAAAAGUCUUCGUGCAGCCGAGCCAUCGCGUCCCUGUUCAGGUUUUGCGACCCCCACUGAAUGGAGCCGAUCACAAUCGCAUGCGUGACGACGGCUUGUCGUUCCGUCUUGCCGGAACCUCCGCUGGCCUUGUCCUUGCCCUGGGCGGGAGCCUGGCAGUGCACCGCUUUGGCGGCCGGACUGCGCGCAAGUCCCGAGGUGGCUUCGAUGCAGGAGCGGACCUGCACUUGCCGGAAGGAUGCGUCCUUGGAGAUCUCUCCCCGGAAUGCGUGAAGCAUUGGGCAACACCUUGUUCCAACCUAACAAUCGGCGUGCUGAAGGAAACGGCUCUGCAGAGCGGCACAGGCGAGCACGAGAAGCGGGUGGCUGCCACACCAGCCUCCAUCGCCACGCUGCAGAAGGAAGGCUACAACGUGGUCGUGCAAGCGAGCGCUGGCUUUGCUGCGGAUAUUCCUGAUGCCACCUUCGAGGAAGCGGGAGCAAAGGUGCUUCCGGAUGCUCGCACAGUGCUCAAGCAGGCAGACAUCAUCUUCAAGGUCAGGCCUCCAAGCAUGAGCGAGGUCAAGCAAAUGCGGGAGGGCACCACUCUCUUCAGCAUGAUCUAUCCGGCUCAGAAUGAGAACUUGGUGAAAAGACUGCAGAAGAAGAAUAUCACCUGCUUUGCAAUGGAUCAGAUGCCCCGAACUCUUAGCCGAGCUCAAGCCUACGACGUCCUGAGCUCGAUGGCCAACAUCGCCGGCUACCGGGCCAUGGUGGAGGCCAGCCAUCACUACGGACGCUUCUGCGCCGGGCAGUUCACUGCUGCUGGCAAGGUAGAGCCAGCCAAGGUCCUCGUGAUUGGCGCAGGUGUGGCGGGGCUUGCUGCCAUCCAGCAGGCGAAGAACAUGGGUUGCAUCGUCCGCGCCUUUGACGUGCGUCCGGCCACCCGAGAACAGGUGGUUUCUGCAGGAGGCGAGUUCUUGGAGGUCCAGAUUGAGGAAGAUGGCUCCGGGACAGGAGGCUAUGCCAAGGAGAUGUCCAAGGAGUUCAUCGAGGCGGAGAUGGAGCUCUUCCGUCAACAGUGUGCCGAGUGUGACAUU